AACUCUGGAUUUUUUAAAUAGGUGUGGACUCCGCUUGCCGAGCAGAACAGCCACCAAGCGAUCGCUCGAUCUCUCCCGCCGUUCUCCUUUCCAAUCACAGAUCAUGAAGCUUGUUCAUCGUGAUCUCGUCCGUCGCGGCCCCGGAUGCGUCAAAAUCGUCCCAGAAGAGGACGAUGAUAUGUGGCAUGCCUACAAUCUGAUCUGUAUUGGCGAUUCUGUUCAAGCUGUUACUGUCAGGAAGGUUGUACGUGAUCUGGCAUCUGGAGGCCGAGACACUGAGCGUGUUAAGUUAAAGUUGGAAAUUAAAGUUGAGAAUGUGGAUUAUGAUAAAGAGGGAUCAGUAUUGCGUAUAAGGGGAAAGAAUAUCCUUGAGAGUGAACAUGUUAAGAUUGGACAAUUCCAUACGUUAGAGAUUGAGCCGCAUAGGCCACUUUUGAUAAGAAAGGAAAUUUGGGACUCAGUAGCUCUUGAUAUUCUUCAUCAGGCUUGUGAUCCUGGCGCCAGUGCUGACCUUGCUGUUUUACUUAUGCAAGAAGGACUUGCUCACUUGUUCCUUGUAGGGAGAAGCAUAACUACUACUCGUGCCCGAAUAGAGACCUCUAUUCCUCGUAAGCAUGGACCUGCAGUUGCUGGUUAUGAAUCGGCUUUGAAGAAAUUUUUUGAGAAUGUUCUCCAGGCUUUUCUGAAGCAUAUUGACUUUAAAGUUGUCCAAUGCGUAGUACUUGGAAGUCCAGGCUUCACAAAGGAUCAGUUCCGUGACUACUUGCUUUUAGAAGCAGAACGAAGAGACUUGAGAGCCAUAAUAGAGAAUAAAUCACGCAUAAUUCUUGCUCACUGUAAUUCUGGAUACAAACAUAGCUUGAAGGAGGUGUUGGAUGCCCCAUCAGUAAUGACUUUAAUAAAAGACACAAAAGCUGCACAAGAGGUUCGCACUUUGAAGGAUUUCUAUGCUAUGCUUUCAAAUGAUUCUGCACGUGCUUGUUAUGGACCAAAACAUGUUGAGAUUGCGCAUGAGCGAAUGGCCAUCCAAACACUUCUGAUUACAGACAGUCUUUUUAGAAAUUCUGACAUUGCCACAAGGCAAAAAUACGUUAACUUAGUUGAAUCAGUGAAGGAAUCAGGUGGCAAUGCGCUUAUUUUUUCCUCAAUGCAUGUAUCUGGAGAACAGUUGGCCCAGUUGACUGGAGUUGCAGCUAUACUGAGGUUUCCCCUGCCAGAUUUGGAAGACAUUGAGAUGUGAUCAAACAAUCAAUCAACUAUAGGAAACUUUUAAGAUAUUAAUGCAAGCUUCAUCUGUCAUCAGCUCUUCCCUUAGUGAGCAGAAGCCAAUGAAUGAUGUGUUAUUCAAUAAGUAAUGUUGGAAAUUCUCUCACUCUUAAUUAUGUAAUUAAUAUUAUGCAUGCUUGCUCAUGUAUGCACUUGGUGCUUUUUUCACCAAGUCACUAGGGCAACUGCUGAAUUUUCGAUGAGCGUCAAUUGAAAGGAGUCGAUGUGCACACUUUGUAGUUUAUUGGUAUUUUAUAUUUUCUUUCCCCCCCCUAAAAUUCUGUAUUUUCAUUCAAGUUAUAGUUGAUUUAAAGUA